AACUGACGUUGUUUAGGUUGACGAUUAUUCUUAUUAAAUCUCUCAUGUACUCUGCGGCUUGUUCAAAUGUCCCGUUUGGAUAUGAGUGUUCUCCUUGGAUGAAUGCUUUGAAUGAAUUUCGACGACAGGGAGACGAACUUCUAGCUCUGAAUUUCCAAGCGGAUUUGUCCAAGAGACUUUGGCCGAACGGGAUCCUGUACUACGAAUUUGCUGCAGGAUCUGAAAUUGAUGAAAGAGUGUGGAGAGAUGCUGUCAAGGAGAUAGAGUUCAAAACAUGCUUGAGAGUUGCUCCACGGAACGGAGACACGAAUAUUUUGAGUUACGUUUAUGUCUCAACAGAUCAGGCUGGGUGCUGGGCUGAAGUGGGAUACACAGCUUCAUACACAUCCGUUCUGAAUCUUGAAGCCGGGGCUUGUUGGUUUAAAGGAACCAUCGUCCACGAACUUCUUCAUUCUUUUGGUUUCCUCCACGAACAUCAACGAGCCGAUAGAGAUAAUUACAUUCUAGUGAAAUUUGAAAACGUUGAAACGGAAAGCAUAUCAUCCUUCGACAUACUUCCAAAUACCGACGCACACGAUGGAAAGUAUGGAUACGACCUGGAUUCCAUAAUGCAUUACGACUCUUUCGCAUUUGCAAAAACCGAUCCCGCGACAGGAUUGGAAUUACAAACAAUUGUUGUAAAGGCUGAUCCGAAUCGAAUCAUUCGUUAUCCAAAAAAACUGUCGCCGGGUAACGUAGAGGAAAUUCAUCUGAAACCAAGUUCAAACCUGGAAAAUAUUUCCAAACUUCGAGCGAGGGAUCCUAUGAUAAACUCAGGGUUGGUCAGUGAAGAAAUGCUUCUCAAUUGUGAUGCUCCAAAUGCAACGGCUAAACCAAGUUCAAAACCGAGAGUACUGAGACGAUAUAGUGCUUCAGUCUUCAUGAUGAAGCGAACACUCAUGUCAACGGUAUUUCUCUCAAUUUUUCUCGUGCAAAAAGUGCAACUGAAAAAUAUUUCUGGAUUUUCCUCUCGGGACCCUUUGAUGAAUCCAGGCAUGGUCGGUGGAGACAUGAUCAUAAACUUCGGCGUUCCUAAUGCGACGUCUGGGGCAGACGAAUCUCCGGCGUACAUCUUUCAGGCUUCGUUGGCCAAUUCGCGUUGGCCAAGUGGUGUCUUACACUACGAAUUUAAAAUCGGUGCAAAAACCAAUAAAACAGCUUGGGAUGAAGCAGUGAAUGAAAUCGAGUCCAAGACUUGCCUCCGAAUCUUGCCACGGAAUGACGACAUAACCAUCACCAGUUUUGUGUCCAUAUCCACCAACCAACAGGGGUGCUGGUCUGAAGUGGGGCGAAAACUAUUUUCCUCUAUGCUCAAUCUUGAAGCAGACGUCUGUUGGUCUAAAGGAACAAUACUCCAUGAACUUCUUCAUGCAUUCGGGUUCCUCCAUGAACAUCAACGAAGCGACAGGGAUUCCUACAUUACAGUGAAAAUAGAAAACGUUGAAGACGCCCGGGGCUUGUCAUCUGCAACGUUGGGAACUUCCGCCGAAUUGCGG